GGGUGGUGGCGUCUGUUCCCUGACCGGCCGUCAGAAUCGAAACCUGCAGCUCCGAAUCAUAGUUGCAGCGACUUCCCACCCAUUAAGCAGUCGCGACUGCAUAGAAGACCAUGUUGAGCACAAGAGGCGGGCCUUUCCUCGUUUUACCUCUUUUCUUCCCUCUGGCCUGCAUUUCUCCUGCCACUAAUUCCAAUCGGUAUAUCGGCAUAACCCUUGUGAGCCGCCCACGGCGUUCUUCAGCUACUAUUCGAGGACAGUGUUUCGACCGGACGAGGGCAUCGGAAACAUACGAGAAACCCACGGCAAGACCCCGCGCGGAACGGCAGGCGGGAGGUACAGCCACUACUCCGUCCUACUAGCUUGCUUCGUUCAUUAGACGAUGGAGCCGUGAAGGGAGAGCGCCGCCAUUCAGGCCCAGUCCGUCAACCCACGCAUCGACAAAAUGGAACAGAGUCUUCAAAAGAUCGACUACCGCCUGCUUCAAGGCUGUUGCCUCGAGGCCGAACGCGCUGACAUUGUGUCGGUGAGCCUGGAAGGGCUCCGGAUGGCCCUACCCGAGUCAUAUGGCGGCCCCAUAAAUGCUUUGGUCGCGGGCAUGCGGAAGUGUGCACAGCUACUCAGGAACUUGGCCGACCUAUCGCAAAUGCAUUUCAACCGGGUCUCCAUCCUUCUAAACUACCUUCAGAUCAUACUCCCGUGUCUGAGCCGGACACUUCGCGAUAUUAUCGAAUACUAUGAGGACCGUACCGUGAGCAAGGACAUCCGGUGGCGAAGGAUGUACCACAAGAUGACCCAGGAGGUCGGAGGUCUCCCACUUCCACAGCGUUUUAUGCUUUACAAUCACUUCUUGGACUGUCUGAAACAGCUCCUGAUCAGGUCGCCCACCUUCGAUCUCAAUGGUUUGGAGUUGUUACGAACAAGGAUAAUCGAGAUGCGAGAAGCAAGAGGACUGCCCACACCCGCCCACGUCGGGCCUGUCGUCCGACCAGAGACUUUGCUAAUGCCGAUAACCCAAGAUCCAACGGUACACUGGGCCGAGCAGAUAUUUUCUCUGCCGCUGCCGUCCCGAACGGCCCUGAAGCACGCCAAAACGUCGAAAGCCUGCGGUCCUUUCCUGGCAUGGGGCCAACUCAAUAUUCCAAAGGAAACCAAGAUGCUCUUCAGAAGGCCCUUUGACGAAGACCGCCUUGCGCUGAUGGCGUAUCUCAACCUCGUCAACCAUACGCCCUAUAUUCUGCUCAGGACCUACCACCUAGGGGCCCCGUGGUUCUCCCUUCGUGGCACCCACGAGCUCGUCCUCCAGCGCGAAGAGAACUGCCUACAGCUCAAACGUUGGAGUCUCUCCGAAGGGGCGCCAAAGCUCUGGGCCUCUCUCUACUUCAAGACAUGGGAGGAACUGACCCUAUUCCACUGCACCUUCGUCUCCCUGAAGGCCCGAAACACGAUGACCACCAACAUGAACCUCGGAGAGUUCAAGCUCGCCGGAGAGAAGAAGACCUUUCAAGCGCAAAUCAUCGACGACGGCUUCAAGCACUCCCUCAUGGUCUACCAAGAUAUUGCGACCCGGGGCUUCCGCCUCCACGCCGCGGUCUGGGACGGCGAGCUCCGUCUAUGUCCCGUCUGGACCGCCUUUGUUACACACCAGUCCGCCUCACCGACCUGGCUCCGACGCAAGAGCCCUCACCGCGUCUGGCUCAAGGACGUCCAGUUAUACGUCUUCUGCAAGGGCUACCGCCAGCAGAACCAGCGCAAGGGCGAGGCCGGCGCCUUCGAGAUUAACUUUGUUUCCGAGAGUGGCGCCGCACACUUCCUCGAGGCGUUCUCCUCCACCGUUUCGGAACCAUCCACCGAUUCUCGCGAGGCCAUCGAGGAUGCCAAGUAGCUCGCCAACCCAA